UUGAGAAGAUCAUUUCUGGGAUGUAUUUGGGAGAAAUUUUACGCAGGGUUCUAUGCAGAAUGGCAGAUGAAGCUGCCUUCUUUGGCGUUACCGUUCCCCCAAAACUGAAGAUUCCACCUAUAUUGAGGUCCCCUGAUAUGUCUGCAAUGCACCAUAAUAAUUCUUCUGAUCUCAAAGUGGUUGGGAGCCAGUUAAAGAAUAUCCUAGAGAUAUCCAACACCUCUCUGAAAACAAGAAAAGUCAUAGUGGAGCUAUGUGAAAUAAUCUAAACUUUGGAGAGCACUAUCAACGAGUUGUUAGGCGAGGCAUCUGACUCAAUUGUGAUUACGCAUU